AUGGCAUCUUCAAGCGCAACAAUUCGCCACGCGACCCGUGAAGAUGUUCCUACCAUCCUAGCCCUUAUCAAGGAGCUUGCGCUCUACGAAAACGCCAGUGACAAGGUCGACUCAACUGAAGAAAUCCUGACACGCACCCUCGCACACUACGAUCCUUCCACUUCGACCUUCUCCGAAGGCUUCGCCCGUACACUCCUCCUCAGCGACCCCGACGGCACGGUAGCAGGCAUGGCUCUAUAUUUCUACAACUACAGCACAUGGACAGGCGUGCCAGGCAUCUACUUGGAAGACCUGUUCGUCAAGGAGAGCUACAGGAAGAAGGGCUAUGGCAAGAGACUCCUUAAGGAGCUCGCUGGAGAGGUGCUCAAGGUCGGAGGCAGGAGGCUCGAAUGGAGCUGCCUGGACUGGAAUGAGCCUAGUCUGAAGUUCUACGAGAGCGAGAUCAUAGGGGCGCAAAGGAAGACGGCAUGGGUAGGCUUGCGUGUGGAUGGCGACGCAUUGGAGAAGCUUGCAAAAUCGUUGUUGCGACUUGAACGGAAGAAGGACACGCUCGACGAUUACCAACAACUUGUCGGUCGCCAUGACGGCCUCCAAGAUCUCAUGCACGUCAUCGCAGAAGCCGACGGUUCUCCAGCGCCCACCAUGGACUUCAUCAAGUCGAACUUGGGCCUAGCGCGAGACUUUGUCGAGGAGUUUGGGAAAGCUACCGAGCUGUACAACAUCGCAGUGUGUCGCGUUAUCGGACCUGCCAUGUACACGACACUGCCACGUGAAAUCCGCGACAUGGUCUACGAGUACCUGACCCCACACCGACUCGAUAUCACCCUUCGGCCUUGCUAUCCUUGCGCAGAAUCAGAUCUACUGCACGUAUAUCGCAGGCAAGAUUACGAUCUAUACUUUGCGCCACAACCUCGCUCACGGGACGACUGGCUUUGCCCUGAACAUUAUUGGCGAGACAACGUCAUCAGUCCCGGAGUAGCUCACGAGCUUAUGGAAGCCUGGUAUCGAAAUAGCACCUUCAACAUGUGGGCAGACUGGAUCUGCGAAGGAUGGCCGGCCGAAUGGCUAAACACAUUGCUCAACAACGAUCGGUUUGGGGCUAGGCUGCGACCUCGGGAAUUGAUCACUAAGUUCGCCUUCGAAGUUCAAUUGAGCUAUAGAAGAGGAGAAAUAGACUCACAUUGGCAAAAGAGCCUAUUGGAAGCUCUCGACAGCUUAUUCAUACUCAAGGAAGCGACGCAGAUAGAUCUCAGCGUGAGAUUUGGAUUCGCCGAAGAUCCGAUCGCAGCGUUAAGAGCAUUCCUUGUUCUCAUACGUCCUGCCUUUCUACGUCUACGAAAGCUGGGCUAUCGGUGCACGAUCAAAACCGUCAGACGAAAGCCCAACCCUUUGAGUAAAGUUAUUGACGAAUGGGUGCAAGAGCUCGAGACGGAGGUUAAGGGAAAUGAUAACGCGGGGCUGAUCGGUGUCUAA